AUGAAAAGGAGCUCAGGAUUAGAAUGCCAUGUUUGGUUGAGAGAGAGGGAGAGUGGAAGAGGCUUUGGCUUUGUGACUUUCCGUGAUGACCAGGUGAUGAGAGAUGCUAUUGAAGGGAUGAAUGGCCAAAGCCUCAACGGUCAUAAUAUUUCCGUCAAUCAAGCGCAAAACAGAGGAAGCAGUGGUGGAGGUGGUUACCGCAGUGGUGGUGGCGGUGGAUACGGUAGUGGUGGCGGCGGAUACGGCAGUGGUGGUGGUGGAUACAGUCGCGGUGGUGACCGUGGUGGUUAUGGAGACGGUGGAUCUCAUUACUCGAGGGGUGGCGGUUCCUCCAAUUGCAACUGGAGGAACUAG